CUGAUUCAUCUGAUCGGAGGGAGCUGUGUUUGCCAAUAUAAUGAACUAGCAGAUAUAAUGUCAGGUGAAAAUAUGCAUCUUCACAAUCUGGUGUUUAGCGCUGCAUUAGCCUGAGAUGAAUUGCUGCCUGACGAACAAAACUCCGGGUGAAAAUUUGAAGACAUUAAAACGCAUGCGCAUCUCGUCAUGAACGCAUGCGUGUUGUGCGCUGAACGGUUCGAAAACAGCAGCGCCAAAACGUAGCCAGGCAGCUGGGGAGCAGUGUUGUGUAUCUCUAGUUUUACGUCAUUAUGUGUAGAUGCGUACGAACUUUGUGUCUUAACGUUAUGAAACUGUAGGUCUUAAUUUUUACACAAAGACAGCUCCUGUUCGUUUUUUUUUUUCGUUACUAGUGUUUUCUUAUUUACGUUAGCUUACCGUUACAUGCUAGCUAACUAGCAGAAAUGAAACCUGUACGAGGUUCUAACCGAGCGGCAUCAAAAGCACCUAACUUAAAAAACAAGAGGCAAACUGGUGAGACGACAAAAGAGCAAACAACAGAGCAUCAGGACCAGGAGCUCAGUGACAGCCGCAGUGGGAAGAGCGCCCAUCCAAAAGCAGCACAUAAAAGGAAAGCUGAGUGCUCAUCUUCAGUCCCUAAGAAAGUCAAAGGACAGGACAACUGGAGGCUGAUACCAAGGUCCUCCAUCAUUGCUCUGGAGAACAUAAUGGACUUGUCAGUACUAGCUACACUUGCUUUGAGGCGGACAGAGAAGAAGGAGAGCCAGGAACAUCUUAACAUGAUGAAAAGCAGGUUCCUAGCUCAAUGUGCACAGCUCAAAGUUCCAGUGCAAAAGCAAAAAGAUUUGAGCAAUUCAUUUCACCGCCACCAGGAGGAGACCAAGAAGUCAGUGGUUGGAAAGAAGACUCUUGGCACACUGGAGGAAGACCUGAGAGCUGUGGUCCGUGCUCUGGAGAGUGCAGAGGAGCAGACCAUCUCUUUACAGCAUACUUGCAGUACACUGAGAGACCAGGUGGAGGAAGAGGAGGAGAAAGCCAAAGAGAGCUUGCAGAAAGCUGAACAAGCAGUUCUCAACCUUCCCUCUUACCCUUCACAGAGCGAUAAAACAACAUUAGAGACUUGGAUGAGAGAAAUUAUACCAGACAGUGAUGCUGAGACCAUGGCCCAAAAACUGGGAGAAAUUCUGCAGAAGUCAGAGGCCAUUCAGGAUGCCCAACAGCUGCUUCUACAUGCACACAAACACAGUGAUCAGCUGUUCAGUCCUGGCUUCACCCGGAUCAGUGGUGUACCUUGUCUAUAGGGAACCUAGCCAAAUCUAUCCUUACACAGGGCUGAAAAAAUGUUUUGCAAAAAGGAAAGCUUGCAGGUGUAAGUAGUGUGUGCACAUUUUUGUGCCAGGGGAUGGGGAAAUAUUACUUGUUCUGUGUUACUUAGUUCCACUUUUUGUGGUUGUGGAGCCACUAUGUGCACAGUUUAAAAAAAUUCCAAUGCUGGUACAAUGGCAUUUAUAAUCUGAACCAUGUCACUCCUUGUCCCUUCUCCAGUUUUCUGCAUUCAGUUUUUUUGUGUGUGUGCGAUAGCAUUCGGUUAAAUAGGAAUAUUAUAAUUGAAUUGACAGGUACACUGUAGAUGCAUUUAUUAUCAUCAUUUGAGCCUAAAGACCAAAAUGGUAAACCUAAGCAAAUUAAUCUGUACUUGCAAAUAAAGAUUGAUUGUUCAUAA